AUCUUGAACACUGAGAGUCUGAAACUGCUAUAUAUAAAUUAAAAGACUAGCUAAUUCUGAUAGCGAGCUCAAUCCUUUUUCUCUCUAGUAAAAUAAUAUACUAAUCAAAGACAAUAUCUUCAAUGGCUAUGGAGGUGGGAGGCAUAGAAGAACUCCCUCUCUCUUACCCGCAUCCUCCACCACCUUCUCCUCCACCUCCUCCACCUCCUCCACCGACAUGGCGGUACGAGGUGUUUCUCAGCUUUAGCGGUCAGGACACCCGCGACAACUUCACUGACCAUCUAUACACAGGUCUAGUUGAGAUGCGCAUUAAGGCAUAUAGAGAUGACAAAAACCUAGGAAGAGGAAGUUUCAUCACCAAAACACUUCUUCGAGCAAUCGAAAGAUCUAGAACAUCGAUCAUCGUCUUCUCCAAGAAUUAUGCUGCAUCAAAAUGGUGCUUGGAUGAGCUUGUAAAGAUUGUUAAGUGUAACAAGCUUCUGGGACACAUGAUUUUUCCAGUUUUCUAUGAUGUAAGACCAGACCAUGUCGCUGAACAAACUGGUUCUUACGAGAAAAUCUUUAGAGAUCAUUACAAUAAUUUCAAGAAGCAAAGAGUUGAUAAGUGGAGAAAUGCUCUUAAAACAGUUUGUGGUAUAAGUGGAUGGGACAAGCCAAACUAUCGGUCCGAGUCAAAGCUAAUUAGAAUAAUUGCAAAUAAGAUACUACGUAAACUGAAAAAGGCUGCCCCAAGUGUUGACAAGCAACUACACCAAUUGAAUUCUAAAUUAGAGGAAAUGAAACUCAAGUUUUAUGAAGAAUGCGAAGAUAUUGGCACUAUAAAAUUUUGCAGUCUGCAAUGGGAUAGAAAGAUAUGGGAUAGUACAAGAGAAAUCAAUCUUAGAAGGAAAAAAUUGCAAAACAAUAAACAAGUACAUGUAAUUGUUCAUGAAGUGGAUAAACUAGAGCAAUUGGUAUUUUUUGCUAGAAAGCAAGAUUGGUUUGGUCCUGGAAGUAGAAUAAUCAUAUCGGUUGGCAAUCUGAAUAAAAAUAUGAUGAAGGUAUAUCACAUAAAUUUCGAUGGACAGACAAACAGGGAUAAGAACUUAUUUUUGGAUAUUAUAUGUUUCUUCGAGGAGAUGAAUGAUGAUAAUGUAAUGAGAAAUAGAAAAUUACCAUUUGAUUGUGGUUUCCUAGGAAAUGUUGGAAUGAAGGUUCUUAUAGAUGAAUUUACCAUAACUAUUUCUGAUACUGACAAUUUGUUGCUGCAUGAGCAUAGAAGACUCGACCUUUCGGAAACAGAUUAUGGAGUUCUCCCUCUAAAGGCCAAUCCGACUAAAGUUGACACAAAGAUUUUGAAGCCACUAUCAAAUGGUCACCACCAAGUAAUUCGUCUCUCCAACCCUCAAAUAGAAGUGCAAUACUCUGAAAAAUCCUCCAAGCCGGAAACUACUCCACAGAAAGAAAACUUUUCCCAACAGAAAAUAGAAAAGGAACCAACACCAUCUGAAGAGGAAAUUGGAUUGGCUCCUGAUAAGAUUCUUCAUGAGAGAAGGCAAGAGAUAUUGGUACCAAAUGGCUUUGAUAAGACUGAAAAAGUUGAAGAAGAAGAAGAAGAGGUAGAAGCAACUCCUCUGCCCAAUGGCACUUUGUCUUUGCAAGAACAGAAACAAGCAUUAAAAGAAUACUUCAACAUGUCAUUAGAAUCCAUUCAUCAAGCUAAUGCCUUUGAUGUCAUUGAAAAAGUUGCGAGUAACCUUAUGCAUAAUGUUCCAAAUUUAUAUGAGAAGGCAAGUCUAGAAAAUGUUAUUUCUCGUUUAGUAGAGUUCAAAGAGAAUGUUCCUGUGGCUAUGACUGAAGCAGAAACAACUCAAGCCCAAAGAACAUCUCUUUUGAAGAAGUCUAAAAUGUUUGAUUCAAGUCUAGUUCAAAAACAAGAAAAGAUAAAUUCUUUAGAGGUUAAGGUUUGCAGUCUUUCAGAAAAAAUGGAGAAACUGGAACUUGAAAUUCAGCAGUUGAAUGCCAAGAAACAGCAGCUUCUAGCGCAUAAGAAGUCUGCUGAACUUGAAUUGGAAAACACUAGUAAAAUGGUAUCCAAGAAUUUGGCAAGACAAAAGAAGAUGGAAGAAGAUGUCAAGAAAGCAAAUUAUGAUUGGUAUAAAUCAAAAGAAAAACUAGCUUUGGCUAAUGCAAGCUGGAAACUCUUCAAAGAAUGUGUCGAGUUAUAACUAUCUGCGUCAAAUUAAGCACAUUCUGUUGAACUGUCUAAUCCCUCUUGUUAUAGAUCAUUUACAUAUUUGGUGUAGUAAUUUUCUUUUAUUUGCUAAGGUUAAGGCUUGUUGUCUACUUGUUUUUCAUUCAAUGUUUUGAUCUUGCUAAUAUAGUACAUUCUGUACAUGAAAAGCCAGAGGAAGCUUCUGACAAAUUGAAUCAUGACCAGUUGGCUUGCUCCUUGUUAUGUACUUGUUUUUAUCAAAGAGAAAGC